AUGAUCCGAAACAUUUUGAAACGUUGUCAUCAGUUUCACUACAACCCGACAACAAAUUUCGACGACAAAACUGUCCUCACUUCACUCAUUCACACACUUUCCAAUCCAAACCAAACCCAAUUGCAUGAAUCCAAAUGGAAUAAUCAACAACAACAACAACAACGAGAAGAUGAAGAUAAAGAGAAACCCGCGUUUCAGAUUUCUCAUCCUUGGCCUGAAUGGGUAGACUUGAUGGAAUGUUUGCUCAAAAAGGGUCACUUCCAUGCAGAGGGUAACCCAUUUUUGAAUCCUCAUUUGGGUUCAAAAGAAUCCAAUCUUAUUAGAACCGCUUGCCUUAACUUUGGUAGAGACCAUUCUCAUCUCUUAAGGUUUUUGUCUCGAAAAGAUAUAGGAGUUAUCGUAACAUUUGGAUGUCCAAGCUUAGAUAGGAAAGUGAUCAACUCUGGGAAGCGUCUGAGAGCAUACGCGGGCAUUGAUGAGGGAAAUGUGUGCAGCUCGUGUAAUUUGAGGGGGAACUGUGAAAGGGCAUUCGUGAACGCGCGUGAAGAUGAAGGUGGAAGAACAGUGGAUGUUAUGCGUAUUAUUUUGACUUAUGGGCUUGACCCAAUUAUCGGUUCAGUGGAUAACAAACCAUCUCUUAAUAAAAUGGUAAAAGAAUCUGUGAGAAGACUGCUGAAAAAGAUAGUAGAGUGCAGUACUGAAGACAGAAACCCCAAUUUUUCAGACACUGCAAACGUUGAUGUGAAAGAAGUUGAUCGCAAUCCACAAGAUAAAGGCAAAAAACACGGUCCUAUGAAGCAAGGCGAUUGGCUUUGCCCCAAAUGCAAUUUUCACAACUUUGCGAGAAACAUCAAGUGCUUGCACUGUGACAACUUCUGUGAGGAAAAAAUCAAGCAAAUGAAGGAGGAUAAUAAUCAUUUACCUUUGAAGAAGGGAGAUUGGAUAUGCAACAAAUGCAACUUCCUCAAUUUUGCGAGGAAUACAAGAUGUUUGCAAUGCAAAGAGGGGCCUUCAAAUCGUUGCAUUAAUCCAGGGGAGUGGGAAUGUGAAUCGUGCAACUACAUCAAUUUCAGAAGAAAUAUGGUUUGCCUGAAAUGUGAUCAUAGAAGACCUAAGGUGUCAAAUACUUCAAACUCUUCCCUUCAACCUCAAGGAGAAGAUAGCAGAUUGACUUUUGCAGAAUAUCGGUUGGAUAGUAACAAAGAAUCACCAAUGACGUCAGAGAGAAAGAGCAGGAAUAGAGAUUCACAAAAGUGGAGAUUUGUAGAAGAUAAAACUGAACAUCAUAAGUAUUUAGAAAACUCAAAUGAUACUUCAAAAGUUUUAGCUUUUCCGAUUGUUGGAGGUAAGACUGGCAUGUCUAAGACAGAAAGGGAAGAAGCUUAUAAGAAUGAGUCACCAAAUCAGUGCAAAAAGCAUUCUUGGCAAAGUGAAACCGAUGACGAGUUUAGUUCUUCUGAUAACCCAAGUUCCGAUGAUGAAGAAAUGGCUGAAUGGUUUGGAAAGGGUAAAGAAUGCAAGGUAGAAUUCUAG